AUGACCCUAUUUUCUAAACCACGCCAUAAUCAACCUGACGAUAGUAACGGUCAAAAGCCUCUGUUCAUGACUCCACAACCUGGACACACUGAAAAAAAAAUAGCAGUCCCAGCAUUUAGCAACAGCUCACAACGAACAUUUACACACACACGGAGCUCCAAUUUUGCAGAGAAUGCGGCCUCCAGAAAUCUGGCUGAAUCUAGCCUCCAUUUUCCCAGUUUCAAGUUCAACACGACAACUUCCCGCCUGGAGUCGCACAGCCCAAGUUCUCAGCGCUCACCUUCCUUCUAUGACACAAAUAGCGGACUAUCAGCAAAGCGUCCCAAAGUGGAGAUAAAGAAAGAGGACCACGACAUUGAUGGACACAAGAAGUUUACGAUGCCCGGAAAGCAACUUUUACAACAUUUUCCUGCAGAAUAUCGAUACCCCCCAUUAAAGACGACCACAGAAGAGAUCGGUUCUCAAGCAAGUUUAGGUGUCCUUGGGAGUGAUAUGACUGAAGAGGACCUCAUCAUCACAAAAAUGGCUAGCAGUAAUCGUCGAGCGAAUGUUGAGCUAGUGAGACUGCGGGAACAUAACGCCGAACUCGAAUCCCAGCUUAGUAUCAAGACUGAACUCGUCGCCGAUCUCUCACGACAGAAUACGGAGUUGUCUCGUCAGGCGUCGGACGCCUCUCAUCAGAACUCAGAAUUAUCUCGACGAAUCGCCCAACUUAAAUCGACAACCAAGGAAGCGAUUGACAAGGCUAACAGGAGUUGCGUCGAACUCAGAGAUUCUUAUGAGGCGCUCCGAAUUCAAUUUCAAGCAUCAUCUACCUUGGUGAACGAUGCCCGAAAAACAAUGGAAAGCCUUGAGGAGCUUCGGGACGCCGCUCGCACCGGCCUCCAAGUAUUCCUCGACGAUACUGGGCAUCUACCCAAUGUGGGCCAGACAAGGACAGUUGUGAACGAGCUACAGGCUGAGCUUACUCGGACUCAACAGGUGGCCGAUCUCCUGCGUGAAAAAUUGCAAAAUAUGGGUUCUGAGCUGAUAGAUUCCCGGGCGCGCGUUGCGGAACUGGAGGAGCAUUUUGGGAACGAUAGAAAGUUAAUUGCCUCAACAACAUCGGACCUUGAGCGAACCUCCGAGCGCGUUGUAGAUAUUGCUGAGUACCUGAAGCUCCAGAAGCAUGAAACAAUUGACGCUCUCAGCAAACUGGCGCAAGCGGAGGAUCGGCUGGCUCACAGCCAGUCACGCUUGCAAGAACGCGAGGCGAUGGUACAUUCCAUGCGGCAAGAGAUGGAAUCUAUGAGACAGGAGAUUUCCGAGUUUGAAGAAGCUAUGCAUGACGGUAAAGCGCAAACUCGGAUCGUGCAGAACACUGUAACGUUUCAGGAACAACACAUAAAGGACCUAGAGGAGAGGUUACAAAAGGCCGAGACGGAGUUAGUACAUGCUCACAAUAGAUCGCAAGACCUUGAAUCUCGCUUGGAAGCCUCGAACGAUAUUGAGAAAACUCUGGUUCAGCAGAAUGCGCGCCUCACCUCCGAAGGCGAAUCUAUCAGGGAGCGACUCCAGAUUGCUGAAGCGGGACAGGCAGAUAUCCGGAAUCUAGAAAGGGAGGUAUCAGCACGGAGUGCGAGGCUUGUGUCGGAACGCGAUACACUCCUUGACAAACUUCAAAUUGCACAUGGGCAGCUGGCAGAUGCGAAUCGAGAGGAGGAAAGCUACCGCGAAAGGCAAUUUGCAGAAACGCGAACGUCGCUGAAGGUUCUUCAGGAACGUUUCGACGACCAGUCCGUUACUCUCAGGCUCACCAAGGAAUGUGUCGGCGAAGCUCAGGCUCUGAACGAAAAGCUGGCGGAAUCUGUCAGCCGCGUCAGUGUUGUGGAGGAACGCGAACGCUCAUUGCAGCGUAGACUCGACGAAGCCAUCGUCGCCACAACCGCCGAACGGGACUUGAUUGGCAGCCUUCGGAAGGAACUUUUAGACUGCCAGAUAGACCUCUCCCGGCAGCAGGGCAUUCAACGAGCCACAGAGCAAAUUGCAGAACAACGCGUUCGCGAUGCUGAACGACGAAUCGAAGAGUUAAACUCUAAAACAGACUCUCAGCGUGGCGAGCUGGGCCAGAAGCAACAAGUCAUAUCCGAACUGACCCAGCGCCUGGCUAUUGCCGAAACUCCUUCUGAUCUGCACGAACAAGAGCUCCUUGUUCUGAAAACGCGCAUUCGCGACCUUGAACAAUCCGAAACGCAACUUCUCCAAAGAUCGACGAACAUCACCGUCCGACAUGAACAAAAUGACCUGAAUGACAACGAGUGGACGUUGGUCCAGAACCUUGCCAAAAAUGCCACAGAAGUCUUUGAGCGCGAGCUAGCAGAAAAGAACAAUGAUAUUCGAAGGAGAGACAACCUCAUCAAGCAACAUGAAGCUCGCAUCAUGCAAUUAGAAGCAAGCCUAGCCCGUCGCAUUAGGGAAGUUCCACAAGUCGGAAGCUCAAGGCACGAUAAGCAAGAUGAAACUUUCUGGAACGAGCCCCCAUCCGGACCCGGGGACCCACAGAAUUCCGGUGUGCAUGGGGCAACGAACCAUUUAAUUGUCAAAGAACCUCGACGUGCCGACCACAUUCCACUCGCGAACAGUGACUCCGAAAUUGAAGACGAGAAGGACCUCGCAAUGCGGCAAGUGAAGCGGACGAUCUCUGUCGAUGAUGAAGAGUUGACCAGACCGGCAAGGCGACCGGUCCCAGGUCCAUCAAAGAAGAAGACGAACAAGCGACAGAAUCGGUAG